AUGUUGGUCAAGUUGUUGUUUGGGACUCUGUACGGGGCUUUGGCGGUGAAAGCAGAUGCUGGGCCUUAUGGAGUAGGAACUGAUCCAUUUUGGGUCGUUUCGCACGCUCCUCUGACUUCCGUUAGAUUAGAUCCUAUCGUAUCUCCUGCUGGGAUUUCUGGCCAUACCCAUCAGGUAGUCGGAGGAUCAGCAUUCGGACCGGUGUACGAUUAUGCCGCUUCACAACAAGCAAAAUGUACAUCAGCCAACGUCGCGAUUGAUAAAUCCAAUUAUUGGGCACCACAGUUAUAUCGUAAUCAUCCUAAUGGGACCGUUUCGUUGGUCAAGUUGACAUAUGCUAAUACGUAUUAUCUCACCCGGAAAGCAGAUGGGGAAACGGUCGUUCCUUUCCCUCCUGGGUUCAGAAUGUUAGUUGGCGAUCCCAAUCGACAGACGUACAACGAGAGUGAUCCUACCAACGCAGCUAUCAGUUAUGCUUGUUUAGGAGUCAGUGGACCUGAGACGCCUGCUUGGAACGGUAAGAUCACGAAUCUUCUUGCCGAUCGAAAUGUCACAAAGCCGUGGCGUUGGUGUGCGGUGAAGGGCCACCGGGGUGAUGUUUUGGGGGUAUAUCGCUUACAUUUCUUAGAUUUCCCAACUCAAAGUUGUCCAAGCAACCUCCGAGCACAAGCUUUCUUUCCUCAUUGUUGGGACGGAAUCAAUAACUGGCUUCCUAAUAGCGCCCACGUAGCUUUCAGCUCAGAAGGGAUGUACAACGGAGGUGGGAAAUGUCCUGAUAGUCAUCCUAAACGGAUUAUGUCCCUAUUCUAUGAAUGGCAUUACGAGGACGACUUCGAGUAUGAACCUGGUGCUCGCGUCUGGGCAACAGGUGAUACAGUCGGUUAUUCCUUCCAUGCGGAUUUCACAAUGGGUUGGCCAGAUGGUUACAUGCAAACUAUCUUCGAUGCCGGUGAAAAUUGCGCGGUGGAAUUCGGACUAAAUAAAUGUCCACCUUUGGCGUCACAUUUACAAAGUAAUGGAGGUGAUUGUGUUGUUGAUAAGAAUUGGGUGGAUGAGGACGUCAUCGGUCCUUUAUCGAAAUUACCUGGAAAUAACGCAGAAUGGGGAGGUUCAACACCGAAAACUUCUAUACCGAAUUACGUCGAAACUGUAAAAUUGAAUUCUCCAGCUCCGACAUAUACCGAUGGUUGUUCACUUGAUUCUGCCGCUUGUUCAACUUCUGUCGGUUCUUCUUCUCCACCGAACUCUGCAACUUCUCCUUCUUCUUCUACAUCUUCGAUAUCUUCAGCUCCCGCUUCUGGCGUUUCUAGCAUUUCUGGUGGAUCUAAUGGUUCUGGCAGUUCAUCCGCCGCAUCGAUAUCGAAACCCACAUCUUCUUCUAUCACAUCCACCUCGACACCAUCAAAAUCGUCAAUGUCUAAAUCGACAAACCCUGGAGGUGGUGAAACUCUUGUGGCGGUACCUUCUUCUUCUUCCUCGGCCAUUUCCAAAGGGUCAUGUGGACGUAAACGCGGUAUGAAGAGACGUCGUAGACGGGACAAUGUCUUGCCCGUGUCUUUGGGGGGUUUCGACCACGAAUUCCAGGAUAGUCAAAGAGGAUCAGGAACGAAAGAUAAGUAUGAUCGUCGGCUGAUCAGCGGGCAAGGGUGGGAAGGGGAUAUACCUGUGAAUCGACACUUAUGUAUAGUAGGUUGGAUCAUGGGUUGUGGUUUGUGGUGUGAGAUCAAAGAGUUGGACCAAUGGAGAACGAAGAGCUAUGUACAAUGA